AUAAGCAUCAAACGAAUAAAAGUCUAUACAUUCUGAAAAUAUUACUCUACAAUGACAAAAGGUGUUUUUGUAGCUCACAAACUAGAAAUUAAUCUAUUUUUAUACGACCACCAAUCAUAAUGAACAAUGGAGGGCGCCAUCUUUGAAUGCUGAUAACGGUGCUUGCGAGUGUGACCCGGAUGCACACGUGUGUUUCGUGUGUGGGCUGACAACAAACCACACGUGUGUGAGUUUACACUUCGGAAACGGCCCUUGGAGACAGGUUAUUUUUAUAGCCAAAACCCUGGAAAUAUACUCUGCAAAGGUUAUUCAGGAAUUCGUCAUCUUGAAGAGGACAUUUUAAAGAAUGACUAAUAUUGACGUCUGGAAAACACUCUUCGAGCUAACGAUUCUGUGGAAUAGGCUUGCAUGAACGUCUUUUUGAGCACGACAGACUUGUUGCAGGGUCCCCGGAAAGUGUUCCAAGCUGAAUAUCCAAGCAAAGCAAAACACAGGCAGUUAUGAGAAUACGCACAUUUCCAAGAAUGGUGGAUUAACCAGUCAGAGCCAGGCAUGGAUUGCCCCAGUAACCAGAUGCGGAACCUCCUUGGAGCCAAGUCCACUUCGAGCCACUCCGUUCCUAUUGAGCACAUGGACUACGGCUACAUCGGAAAAUGCACGGACCUCAAGGAACUUGAGAAAAUCCUAAGAGCUCUCAGGACUGGAGAGGAAGGAUUUUAUCCUGAGCUCAUCAUUUACUGCGAACAGCAGAUAGAAAAACUAGACCCUAAAAGCCGGACACUCCGUAAGGACAAGCCCCCAACGUCCAUGAUGGGACUGGACAAAGAAGAGCAGCAACAGUUGAACUCAGACAUUAAGGACUGGACAGCUAAGAUGAAUUCAACAACGAUCAGCAGUUCAGGACUUGAUAAGGAGGAUGAUGACCUCCCACCAGUCCGCAAACCUGUCAGUGUCAACACCCAAGGGAAGAAGAAUGAAGACAAGUGCUGGGCCAAGCCGUCUCCAGACAGGAUCAAGUCCUCCGAUUACCGGGCAUGGGAUAAAUUUGACGUUGACACUGCGGCUGAAGAAGUGGAUAAAGAGAGUGGGGCUAAAAAGGCGCAGAAACGCAAGGCAGACCUUGCCAGCGUUAUCAAAACAGAAGGAAUGUCAGAUGCAGACCGAGAACUGGUGGCCAACAAGGAAAAAGACAAAGGAAAUGAGGCCUUCAAAGCUGGUGACUUUGACGAAGCUGUUCAAUAUUACACCAGAAGUAUAUCAGUUAUCCCGUCUGCGCCGUCCUACAACAACCGCUCCUUGGCCAGAAUUAAACUGGGGCAGUUUACCGGUGCCGUUGAGGAUUGCACUAAAGUGCUAAAACUGGAACCUGAGAAUAUUAAAGCUUUACUGAGACGAGGGACAGCAAGGAAAUCUCUGAAGGAAUUUGUUGCGGCGAAAGAAGAUUUGGAGGCAGUCCUAAAAGCAGAGCCUAACAAUAAGCAGGCUAAGGAUCUCCUAGCAGACAUCCUCACCAAGGAGGACAAUCCAGAACAGAAGGCGGCGGGGAAAAAAGGGGCCAAGGCUCUCCCAAACAAGACGUCGUCCAACUCCAAGGGUAAACGGAUGGUCAUUCAAGAGGUGGAAGGAGACAGCGACAGCGAGGAUGAAGCGAGAGGUCAAAGUUUACUCGUCAAUGGGACGGGGUCACCUACCUCAGAAGAUGGCACAAGCGUCAAGGAAUUAAACCACAUGAAUGGUGGUGAUGGUAGUGGCACGGAAGUGGAAAACCCAGUGGAAAGAGUUGAGCAAAAUGCAAAAGUUGCUGAGCUUCCACCGGUGAAGCCCGCUGCCCCGGUUGUACCGCCCCCAGAGCUCCCUGGUGAUGUGAUCAAACUGAAGGACAGUGGGAACACGCUGUUCAAGGCUGGGCAGUACGGGGAGGCCAUGGAGAAAUACUCCAAGGCUAUCAACAAGAUACUGCCAGAGAAAGAAUCCUUUUCCUUGGCGUUGGCGACACUGUACAGUAACCGUGCAGCUUGCCAAUCCAAGACAGGUCAUCUGAAGGAAGCGAUCGCUGACUGCGACUUGGCGCUUGCCAUCCAGCCCUACAGCGCCAAAGUGCUGCUUCGUCGAGCUUCGGCUUAUGAAACACUGGAAAAGUAUCGCCAAGCCUAUGUGGACUUUCAGAGUGCGCUGAAACUAGACGGGCUAAAUGAGAAUGCAUGCAGUGGAUCUAACAGAAUGAUCAAGACCCUGAGUGACAUGGAUGGUCCGAGGUGGCGAGAGAAGCUUCCGGCCACACCCAGCAUUCUAGGAAUGCCCCUCCCACCACCCUCCCUCACCACAAUGGCACCCAGUAAUGCAAGAGUACCCAGCGUCACCUCCACCACCAAUGCCACCCAGAAGACAACGAUGGUAUCAUCCACGACCCCUAUCUCACCCAAGGGUCAAACAAACCCAGCGGCCAAGAGUCCCGAGGUCAAAGGUGAUAACAAAGGUCAAAAUGAGCCUCCAGCGAAGGCCACAGAGAAAGGGAAUGUCAAAGGUCAACAAGAGAAGCAGGAGCCGAAGGUCAAGGCUAAUAAUGCUGAGCCACAAGGAGGAGAGGAUAAGGUCAAGCUGGGGUCAGAGGUCAAAGGGGGCGUUGAACCCUCUGCUACCAUUGACCCCAAGUUGAGCAAGGAGGAUAACUUUAAGAAGUUGAAAGCAGAUGGGAAUUCCUUUGUGCAGAAGGGUAACUAUGCAAAAGCUAUGGAGUUUUACACGGCGUGUAUUGCUGUGGAUCCUGACCAGGCAGUGAGCUACACAAACAGAGCACUCUGUUUCCUUAAACUCAAUAAGGGUAAUGAGGCAGAAACUGACUGUACCCGAGCCCUGGAAUUAGGAGACGGCAACAUUAAGGCUCUCUACAGAAGAGCAUUGGCUAGAAAGAUGCUGCAGAAGUACAUCAACAGUGUUCGGGAUCUAAGCACCCUGCUGAAAAUUGAACCUCAGAACGUUUCCGCCAAGAAAGAACUAGAUCAGGUUAAGGAGCAAUGGAGGCAGGAGUUGAAGAAUAACCAGCAAAAAGCAGCUGAAAAACCCAAACAAAAUACCCCAUCUGAGCCCGAGAAACCAGCAGGGGUCAAACCACCAGAGGUCAAAACUUCAGAGGUCAAAUCGCCAGGAGCCAAAAUAACCGAGAUCAAGACCUCUGGGGUGAAAGCAGCAGAGGUCAAAGCAUCUGGGGUCACGUCACCAGAGGUCAGAACAUCUGGGGUCAAAUCAGCAGAGGCCAAAGCGUCUGGGGUAAAAUCCGCAGAGGUCAAAUCAUCUGGGGUCAAAUCGUCUGGGGUCAAAUCGUCUGGGGUCAAAAGUGGGAAGAAGAAAGGAAAGAGGAUGCAGAUCCAGGAAACGGAAGGGAGCAGUGAGGAAGAGAAUAAUUCAAAGGAGAAUAAAUCAAAAUCGUCCGAGCGGAUUCAAGCUAAGGAGAAGAAGGGCAACAACACGGCACCUAAAGUCACUGGAAACAAAACAGCUGAAAAGACACCACCAGUGCAGAAUGAUACAGUCACUGCACCACAGCUUAAAAAGGUAACGGCGUAUGAGUUCCUACAAGCAUGGACAUCACUGAAGCGAAGUAGGGACACACAAGCGUACGCAGAACUUCUUAAGCAGAUCACGCCAGAAGAAUUACCAGAAGUGUUGACCAACAAAUUAGACGGAGACAUGGUUACCAACUUUGUCAAGGCUGUGUGCGAGCAUCUGAUUGAAUCAGAUGGGGACCUGAGCUACGGCUUGCUUGCCAAUCUAGCCAAGGUGGAACGCUUCAAAACUGUUGCCUUAUUUUUGUCAAACAGUGACAAGAAACGUUUGACAAACUCCCUGAAGAAGCUGGGAGCCAAGAAGACGACAGUCUACUCAGCAGCUGACUUGAAGAACCUCAAACAGCAAUACAGCAUUUAAUUCUGCAAUGAAUACCUUAGUUCUUAGAGAAGAAUUUUACUAGCCUUGGAUAAAAUCACUACUGAGGUCAACUUCAUAGCGCUGCUUAACAGUUAUCAAAUUUUCAUGCUUAUUAUUUAUAGCAGAAACAUUUGCUUAUGCCUCAUCAGGCCUGAUACUUCACAGAGGCAACAAAGGCAAUUGCUUUGAUGCCCCCUGGUCAUUGCCUUGUUGCCCUUA